AUGAACAAAGGAGGAGUGGGACUGGGUGGUGGAGCUGGCGGUGGCAGCGGAGGUGGACCAACUGCUGCAGCGGCUGCUGCGGCCGCCCAAAAGCAGAAGACCCUUUUGCAGAGAGUGGACAAUGACAUUGGAAAUCUUGUCGAUAGUUUCGGAUUCCUCGUGAAUGUAGCACGGGUUAAUGAUCCACCAGUGCGAAAUUCUCAGGAAGCUUUCAUGAAGGAGAUGCGUGAGGCCAGAAUGGUUCAGGCAGCAGACUGGCUGCUUAAAUUGGUGUCCGAGUUGAAGCAGACUGCAAUUUUCUCGGGUUUUGCAUCUCUUAACGACCAUAUAGACCAGAGAACGAAUGAGUUCAAUAAACUCGCUGAAAAAACAAACGACACAUUGGCAAGAAUUGGAGAAGAGGCAGUUGCCAACCUCAAGGAGCUCGGGUCACAUUAUUACUCGUCCACGUUGAGAACAAGCAUUCCUCCUGAGCCCUGA